GCAGCAAGUUAUUUACUAGCUAACAUACAGUAAUCUUUGGCAAUAACAGUGAUACCAAUGGAAUUCUGAACUGGAAGUAGUAAAUGUAUUAGGUUAAUUUGUUUAAGCCUGGAAUUUCUGUGCGACGUCAAUAAUUGUAUUAAUUCCCGCCAGUUUAUCUAAUGUCUGAAAAGAAGGCUCCUGCUCCGGGAGAUGGCUUGAGGUCCCUAAGGUCAACUGGAAUUUUUCGAGUAGUUAACUUUGAACUUUAUGCAAAACCCAAUGCAGUAAUAAUGACAGUUGGUUUAGCUGCCAUGGGAAUUUGCAUUGGAUACAUUGCUUACAUGAGAUCGAAGUAUGAAAAUAUGGGUUAUUAUGUAGCUAUGGAUAAGGAUGGUGAAGAAUCAUUUAUAAAAAAGAAAUCAAAAUGGGACUGAUAACUUUAAAUAGGAAAAUUGUGAUUUAGUUGUUCAUGCUAUUAUGUACCACAUAUGGUCUAUGGCUUAUCUAAUGUUUAAAAGAUUAUACAUUUUACAGACUUCCCUUACAAAAUUAAUAUUUAUAUUUUUGUUAUCUUGUCUGAGUUGUAAUGUAGUCCUUGUACUUCCUGGUGUAUAAGAUGCAUGAUGGUUUAAGAAGCAAAAAUUAAGAAAUAUUUAUGGCCUAUUUCAAGGAAAGCAAAACAUGUUUAUUACACUGGGAAUCAUGGUAUGUUAUAUCCAUGAGUGAUGAAAGUGUUUAUAUUCAUUUCAAUGUAAGUUUUAAGUUUUACUUUUGUCCCCUCCCCCCAAUUUAUUUGUCUUUCCUCGUUGCAUAAGCCAUAGCUGUGAAUUCAAGAAAUUAUAAAGUUUUGUUAAUGAAACCUAAAUACAAAGCAUUUUGAAAAAUCACAUGUAUUUUAGAUGUAUCAAAUGUUAAAUAUAUUUGUUUUGCUGAUCCAAUGAAAGUAAAGAAAUAAAAUAUAAAUAACAAGCUUUA